AUGACGUCAUCGUCCAUGACCAGCGUUCUCCUAAUCGUUCUUCACUUGUCCUCCGUCGCUCCUAUUUGGGCGCUGAGUCCCUCACCGGAUGGCCUUCAAUCGGGGACAACCGUCCCUUCGCAUGUUCCUGAAAGUCUCACUCCAUCAACUGAUGGUGCUGAUCCAUUCGUUCUCAUACCCAGGCCAGAAACCACUCUUUCCGCAACAUCUGAGUAUGCUUCAAGACGUCUCGCAACUCUUCCCACGGAGACCGAAUCUGCAGCAGCUAAUUCUGCUGAAUUUCCUCCCUCCCUCGUGGCUGGACUUUCCGAACCUAGAGGUUCGGAUGCUACAACCGGAAGUACAGCCUCCGGACCUAACGGUUUGGAAGGUACGGCAGCAUCUGUACCAGUGGGGCCGAACCGUCGCCUUCUUGCGGGCUUACAUGGUCCCAGAGCCGUUGUCCGAGGCAAAAAGCCAGGCUCGGCCAGGCCUGCCGAACCUACAGAUCCGGCAGGCUCUGCUACAGCUCGUACAGCCUCUGCCGAGCAUGCAUCGGAGCAAGGAGUGAAAGGGGAAGAAGACAAGAAGAAUAUAGAUGCAACAGCUGCUUCUGGUGUGAGUGCAGCAGAGGGAAGCGAGAAAGGGGAGGAAGAGGACAAGGGAUUAGAUGCAGCAGCUGCUUCGGGAGCCACUGUUGCCACUGCUGCUGGUACCACUGACGAUGCUGCAGCAGCAGCAGCUGGUGCUACUUCCGCUGUUGCUGAAGCCAAUCGCAGCGAAGUUACUGGGGCGGGCAAGGAGGAGGAAAAGGGAGAGAAUGAUGCAGGGAGCGCAGAGGAGGAGGGUGCAAGGUCGGUCGGUGGGGCUGCAGAGAAUGAGAAGGUGACUGGUGGGGAAGCAAAGAAUGUGAAGACGGCUGGUGGGGAGGCAGAGAACGAAGAGGAAGAGGAGGCAGAGGAGGAGAAGGAGAUGGAGAAGGAAGGGACGAGAGGGGUGGAGAUGGAUGGGGGAAAACAGACUGCGAAGGGAGGAAAGGACGGGACAAGAGCGGAGGGCGUGAGUGGUGAGGAGCUGAAGGGGGAGGGCGUGAGUGGGCAGCAGCAGAGGGGUGAGCGCGUGAGUGGGCAGCAGCAGAGGGGUGAGGGCGUGGAGCAGAAGGAAAGGGAGGAGGAGGGUGAGUUGAAGGGAGGGGAAAUGAAGGGAGAAGAGGUGAAGGGAGAAGAAGCGGAGGAGGAUGAGGAAGUGAAGGUUGGGCCAGCGGAUUUGGGGAUGGAAAAGGUGGAUGAGGCACUUGCAGCAGCAGAAGAGGCAAUCAUGCCGAAAGCUAAAAGCACUGAUGCUGCUGGUAGUGCUGCUGCUGGCGGUGCUGGUGCUGGUGCUGGUGCUGGUGCUGGUGGUGGGAAUGUUACUAGUAGUGUGGCGAAUGUUACAAGUAGGGUGGGAGAGAAGAGAGGAGGAGAGGAGGAAUUGGUGGAUGCAACUGUUACAACCAAGGUGGGAGGUGAUAAGGGAGGUGAGAAGGAAGCGGGAGUGGUGGGGAAGAGAGGGGGUGAGGGGGGGACUAAAGAGGAGGCAGGAUUGGCUGGGGAAGAGGAGGAGGUGGAGGAGGAGGAGAAGAAGGAGGAGGAGGAGGAAGCGGCAGAGGAAACGGAAGAGGGCAAAGCAGAGGACGCAGCUGCAGCACAGGAGGUUGAAGAGCUAGCGACAGAGACGAAGGAGGGUGCAACUAAAGACAGCUGGAGGGUUAGCAAAGCAGGUCGUGAGGCAGGUGGAAAGGCAGGCGGCGAAGGCUCCACAGCAGCAGAGGAGGUUGAUGAGUUAGCGGCAGAGACAAAGGAAGGUGAAGAAUUGGAUGCAUCUUUGGUAGGUGGUCCUGCUGCAAAAGCCACUGGGGGAAAGGGUACAGCGACGAGUAGCUGGAGGGUCAGCAAAGCAGGUAGCAAGGCAGGUGGCGAAGGCUCAACAGCAGAAGCUGCCACAGCAGCAGGGGAAACGGAUGUUGCCGUGGUUGAUUUAGCUGCUGCAAACGCCACUGAUGGAGAGGGGUUGUCCGAAAAAGAAACGCUUACAGGAGCAGAGAUUACAGGGACUAGUGUGAUGAGAGGAGAAGAGGAGACGCGUGGGUCUACUCAAAGGUCGAAAGACCCGGCCGGAAAGGGCACGUUCGGGAAGGGUACUCUUACCGGAGCAGAUCUUACAGGGGAUAGUGUGAUGAGAGAGGGAGAAAGGGGAGAGGACGAAGAGGAGAGGGAGGGUGAAGGGGAGGAGCAGGCGGAGGAGGUUUUGGGUGAACGGCAGGGGAAGAAGGGAGGUGGCACAGAGGGGGUGAGAGUGGGAGAGGGAGAAAAGGGAGAGGAAGAGGAGCGGGAGGAGGAGAGGGAGGAGCAGGGGGAGGGGGGUUUGGGCGACAAUAUUUCUGUUACUGAGCGGCCGGGGAAGAAGGGAGGUGGCUCAAAAGGGGUGCGAGUGGGAGAGGGAGGGGAAGGAGGAGGAAGGGAUGAGGUAAGGAGAGAGGAGGAUGCAGAAAGGGAAGAAGAGGAGGGAGAGGAGGAGGCGGAGAUGAGAGCAGAGGAGGGAGGAGAGGAAGCGCUUUUGCACAGCAGGUCUCCGGGUAAAAAUGGGAAGGGUGGUGCAGCUGAGGGUGGGGUUGAUGGCGGGGUUGAGGGUGGUGCUGAGAAGGGGGCACUGGAUGCAGAAGCAGCAGCAGAGGAAGGAGACUCGGUGGCAGAUGGACGAGUACAUGGAAAUCCAACACCAGCAGCAGAAGCAGCUCCUGCUUCCAAGAAGGAUGCUGAGGGAAAGAGAGGAAAAGGAGGUGGUGCUGGUGAUUUUAGGAAGAGAACAGAUGGAGAGGAGGAGUUACCUGCUGCACAAGAAGAGGGGGAGAGUGAGGAUCGGGGUGAGGAGGCUGGGGAGAAAAGGGGAAAAGGAUUCGUUGGUAGUGAUGCGAGGAAAGGAACAGAUGGAGAGGAGGAGAGGGGACAAGGUUUAGUUGGUAGUGAUACCAGGAAAGGAACAGAUGGAGAGGAAGAGUAUGGUGCAGAAGAAGGGGCGAGAGAGGGGGAGAGAGAGGAUGGGAGUGUGGGGGGAAGGGAGGAGGAGGGUGAGUGGGAAAUGCCUGGAGACGACUUCGCUGCUGAAGAAGCACCUGAAGAUUCACCUGAAAAUUCACCUGAAGAUGCACUUGAGGGUUCGGCUGAGGAAGACGAGUAUCCUGCAGAAGGGGCGAACAGGGGGCGGGUUUCAGGUGGUAAGAAUGCAGGUGCAGUGACAGGUGAAAGAGGAGCAGGAGGGUUUCAGGCGUCUGAGAGUGAAGGAAAAGACAGUCUGCUGAAUGGAAAAGGAGCAGGGGCAGGGAGGCUUGGUGGGGGCGGUGGUGCUGGUGGUGGUGGUGAUGGUAGGGGGGGGUCACCUUAUGGGGGAGAGGAGGAUGAGUAUGGAACGCUUCAGGAUUUUGGUCCUUCCAAUCCAAAAGCAGCAGCAGGAGCAGGGGCAGGAAAGCUUGGUGGUGGUGGUGGUGGUGGUGGUGGUAGGGGUGGUGGGGGUGGUGGUGCAGGUAGUGGCAGGGAGUCUCCGUAUGGGGGAGAGGAGGAUGAGUAUGGAACACUUCAGGAUUUCGGUCCUUCCAACCCAAAAGCAUCAGCAGCAGAAGCAGCAGCAGGAGAAGCAGAGGAAAGAGGCACAGCAGCAAAAGCGGAGGCUGCAGCAGCAGGAGAAGAAGGAGAUGAAAUGUCCCAAUCAGGAAGCUCCAAGGCAACUCUGCCCUCAGAGCAAGAUCUCACCCCACCCUCCUUGCCUCCCUCCUUCAAUCCCCCCGUCUCUUCGUCGUCCUCCUUGGAACCCUCUUCUGCUUCUUCUCCCUCCCUCUCCUCUCCCUCCUCCCAGCCCUCCCUCUCUUCUCUUCUUGCCUCAACCUUAGAGCCUGUUCUGGCUCCCUUAGCAUCACUUCUCAGCACCUUCCUCCCUUAUGCCGAGGCCCAAACAGCAGCCUUCUGUCUCCUGCUAGGCCUUCUCGCCGCUCUCGCACUCUCCCUCUGCGUCUGCUGCCUCUGCUGCUGCCGAACCGGCGAGGCCGGGGGCAGGUUCGGCGGGCUGGGAGGUCCGGCGUACGCGAAGGGUCAGCUGAAGCGCAACGCGGAUUCUGAGCCACCAUCCCCUCGCCAUCGCAUGACGAAGAAAGUACGUAAGGCGAUCACCGUGAAGGAGAAGCUGCACUGGUUGAAGCUGCAAGACUCUCAGCCCGACCUGGGGAAUCGCGCCUUGGCGAAGCUCGCGAAGGUGCAGCCCUGCCAGAUCCGCGAAUGGAGGAAGAUGAAGGAGCGGCUGGACGUCGCAUCUGGCUGCCGCCGUCGCCUCAUGGGAUUUGGCCGCAAGGCGAAGUACCCGUUCAUGGAACGGGCGCUGGUUGACGACGAGCUCGUCGUCAACCCCUUCUACGCCGAGGCCCCCGUGCCGGCCGAGGAGCUGCAGCCGGCAGAGGAGGAUGUAGCCGCAGAGGAGGAGGAGGCGGCGGAGGCGGCGGCGGCGGCGGAAGAGGAGGAGUGGAACACGCCCGAAGAAGGCGAGGAGGCGGGAGUGUUCAACGACGAGGAUGAUGAGUGGUGGCGCGCCGACCGCUAUGACGGAGAGGAGUGUGAGGAAUGGGUCGCAGGGGACGAUGAGGACUAG